AAGACCCAGGCAGCCUAGCGACUUCCGCUAUGCUCAGCCCUGGGCACAGAGGCUUCUGCACUCACAAGCGAAGGGAAGGCAGGAGGCUGGGGCUUCUCUGGCCCACUUCAGAGACUGUCAUCAAGAAAGGAAUGAGCACAUGAAUGAGAAAACCAAACUGAGAGCCUUCUAAGAAGCAUGAGGGGAAGGAAGAUGGCAAGAGAUGAGGAAGGCGCCUAUGGCUCAGAGGAGGACUCCAGGGCCCCGCAGGAGCCGCAGCUGAGGUUCAUCCUUGUGGGCAGGACUGGGACCGGCAAGAGUGCCACCGGCAACAGCAUCCUGGGCCAGAAGUGCUUCCUGUCCAGGCUGGGGGCGGUGCCUGUCACCAGAAGUUGCACCUUGGCCAGCAGAAGGUGGGCCGGCUGGCAGGUGGAGGUGGUGGACACCCCGGACAUCUUCAGUUCCGAGACCCCGCAAACCGACCCCGGGUGCGUGGAGGCAGCCCGCUGCUUCGUGCUGUCGGCUCCCGGGCCGCACGCACUGCUGCUGGUCACCCAGCUGGGUCGCUUCACCCUGCAGGACAGCCAGGCGCUGGCUGCCUUAAAAUGGGUGUUCGGGAAGGAGGUGUUGUCGCGCACCAUCGUGGUGUUCACGCGAAAGGAGGACCUGGCCGGAGACUCCCUGCAGGAUUAUGUGCGCUGUACGGACAACCGCGCGCUGCGGGAGCUGGUGGCCGAGUGCGGGGGUCGCGUGUGCGCUCUCAACAACCGCGCCACAGGCAGCGAGCGCGAGGUUCAGGCUGAGCAGCUGCUGGGCCAGGUCGCGAGCUUGGUGAGGGAGCACGGGGGCGCGCACUACUCCAAUGAGGUGUACGAGCUGGUGCAGGCCAUGCGGUGCUCUGAUCCUCAGGACCAACUCGCCAAGGUGGCGGAGAUGCUAGCUGCGCGCAUGCAAACACGCACAAGGUUCCUAGCUGGGCUGUGGAGAUGGCAGAAAUCCUAUAGGAAGGGCUGGAGACGGGGUGUGGCUGUCUUCCUGGGUGUGGCCUUGUUGAUCUACUUGCUGCUCUACAGAAAGGUCCCAGGCCUUUGGGGCAGGGAGGCUUUCCACAGGAAGUGGUCAUUUACUAGAGCAGUUCUCCUGUGCUCUGGCGGAUGUUCAAGGCCUUUCCACCUACCCGAGGGGAUACAGUCUGCAGGGCAGUGUGUGUUCCGUCGUCACCAUGAGUUUUCUUCUUUUCCUGCCUUCGGACUCUGGAUUCAUGGCGCUGCAAGUAGCUGUUCUGUGAGAGCAUCGCUCAGCAGGCACAGGUCCACCACCUGCCUGUACGGGACGGCUUGCAUAAGGAGGAACCCCACCGCGGCGCUGACAGCCCCUUGGGAGACACUGUGCACUCGGAAGAGAAUGGCAGACCUUCAGAAGAGCACAUAUGGAACUAUAGUUGAAGUUGAAGGACAAGAAGUCUGCUGUGUAGAAGAUUCGAGCUGCCUGAGGAUCCUCCUGGUGGGCAAAUCUGGCAGCGGGAAAAGUGCCACAGGGAACAGCAUCCUUCGACGACCAGCAUUCAAGUCCAGGCUAAGAAGCCAGUCCGUCACCAGGACCAGCCACGCAGAGAUGGGCUCAUGGGAGGGAAGGACCAUCCUAGUUGUAGACACACCUCCCAUCUUUGACUCAAAGGCCCAGGACCAAGACAUGGACAAGAACAUUGGAGACUGCUACCUGCUGUGUGCCCCAGGACCCCAUGUGUUGCUGCUGGUGACCCAGCUGGGACGCUUCACAGCUGAAGAUGCCAUGGCUGUCAGGAGGGUGAAGGAGGUCUUUGGGGUGGGGGUCAUGAGGCACAUGAUUGUCCUCUUCACCCGCAAGGAAGACCUGGCAGAUGGAUCCUUGGAAGAGUUUGUGACCCACACUGACAACCGCAGCCUGUGCAACCUUGUCUUGGAGUGUGGAAGGAGGUACUGUGCCUUCAAUAACAGGGCCUCUGGGGAGGAGCAGCAGGGGCAGCUGGCCGAGCUCAUGGCCCUGGUGAGGAGGCUGGAACAGGAGUGUGAGGGUUCCUUCCACAGCAAUGACCUCUUCGUUUAUGCUCAGGUGCUCCUUAGAGGUGGCUACAGUGAGCAGCAGGAUCCACACAGGUUCUACCUGGCCAAGGUGAGGCAGGAGGUGGAGAAACAGAAGCGGGAGCUGGAGGAGCAGGAGGGCAGCUGGAUAGCUAAAAUGCUUUGCAUAGUCAAGUCCUACUUGGGCUCCCACACUGCGGUAUCUGCUCUUCUCAUUGUGCUUGGUUUGACCUUUCUUACCACUUUAAUUGACUUUUAUAUUAGCAGACGGAAAUGAGCCUUUUUGGGUGAUUUCUGCCAGCAUCCCUAUCCCCCAAAGUUCCCCAUCUCAUGUCAGGGAUCCUCAGUCUUCCAAUGAAUUUCACUCUCAUUCGAUUCACAUGGAUCACACAUGCCAGGAAUCUUCUUCAAAAUAAAGGAUGAAAGAAAAAUGUA